CCCGCUGAAAAGAACCCGUGCCCGCCCGCCUCAUUCCGUCUCCCCUUUUCUUUCGCCUUCUCAAUCGCUCUGCAAAUCGAAGGCGGCAAAAUCAUCUAGGGCUUCUGGCUUCUCUGAAUCGGUGCCUUUCAUUCGCGCGGCUGCUACUGUCUGUGUGAUUCUAGCCUUUGAUUCCUUUCCCAGAAUCAUCUAGGGCUCCGUUCUGAGGUCUCAAAUCAUCACGUCUGUACGCCUCGCCGACGAAUUUGAUAGUGAAUAGAGAUGUCAGUCUCAGAGGAAGAAAUUGCAAGGCUGUACCGAAUCCGGGGAACAGUGAUGCAGAUGCUGAGGGACAGAGGGUACCUUGUUGGAGAUUUUGAAAUAGAGAUGACAAAGCAGCAGUUCAUCAACAAGUAUGGCGAGCACAUGAAAAGGGAAGACCUUGUUUUGAACAAAGCCAAGCGCAAUGAUAGUUCUGAUCAGAUCUAUGUUUUCUUUCCUGAAGAGCAAAAGGUCGGCGUCAAAACGAUGAAGACAUAUACCAAUCGCAUGAAAUCAGAGAAUGUUUUCAGAGCGAUCUUGGUUGUUCAGCAGAACCUUACCCCCUUUGCCAGAACAUGUAUUAAUGAAAUAUCAACAAAAUUUCAUUUGGAGGUUUUUCAGGAGGCAGAACUGUUGGUCAACAUCAAAGAACAUGUCCUUGUUCCUGAGCAUCAGCUCCUUACCAAUGAAGAGAAGAAGACUUUACUUGAAAGAUAUACUGUUAAAGAAACACAGCUACCUCGGAUACAGGUGACCGAUCCAAUUGCCAGAUACUAUGGGAUGAAGCGUGGGCAGGUUGUGAAGAUCAUUCGUCCCAGCGAAACUGCUGGCCGUUAUGUCACAUACCGCUAUGUUGUUUAAUUCCUUCUGCCCAGCGUCCGUUCAAGUUGAGUUCUGAAAGCGUUAUGGUGCUUGGGAGAUAAUGAAUCAGAUAACUUGUGGGAUUGUAGUUAGGGGUUAAUCUAAGAGUGUGUUUUUGGCAGAUUUUCUCGUGUAUUUUAUGAUGAAAAAUGAUUCAAUUUUAGACUAAAAGAGUAUUUAUUAGCCAGACUUGUGGCUUGUCUUGUGCUGUCUUUCCAUGGAUAAGAGAAGCAAAUGAAGGAUUUUUGAAGCCUUGAGCA